CGCAAAUCUUUGUACUAUGAAGCAUAACCAAGGUAGUUCGGCUUAAAAGCACCUUAGGAAAUUACCUAGUUCAUAAGACAGCGCAAGACAAAACCCCUACGGAGUAGAUGAUUUCUAUUUAAGAUACCCUUUUUAUCCCAGAUAAUUGGAAUUGAAUAAUUUUCACUCUCUACGAUAUGCUGAACUUUCAACAGAUACUACAGCCUGACAGGCUUGUUGCGUUUGCUCCAGUCAACGACUGCAAUGCAGAUUGGUCUAGCCCGUUAUAUGAUAAUAGAGGAAACUCAUUGAAUCCGUGCUUUAUCUCGUUUGUUAAUAUUCUUAUCAGUGGUGUACUUGGUUUUUUUGCUCUUGUUCAGAUAUUCCAAGUUCUUUUUGCCAAUCAUUAUGGACCGUUCCCAAUUAAAUACUCAUUUGGGUCGAUUCUCAAAGUGAAAAGUGUUGGAAUAUAUCAGUUAUUGAAAUUCAACAACUUGGUGAUACAAUCUAUUCUUUAUUUGGUUUUAAUUCUUAUUGAUUUUAGCUCUUUUAAUUUGAGAUUUUACAGUCUUGCAGUUUCUGCUUUGGUUAAUGUUUUGAUUUUAUUCCCACUUCAUCUUCUUGAACCUACAAGAUCAGUUGUGGGUCAUGCGUCAUUGUUGCUUUACUGGUCGUUUAGUGUGUUUUUCUGUUUGGUAGUAUUAAUACAAGACUACUUUGGUGCUCAUAAAAUAUACAUUCCUAGAAGUACUACUUCUGGAAUUGCAUUUGCUCAUACAAUUGAAAUAGGUUUACUUUUGAAUUCUACUUUAAUUUGGGUUUUGGAAUAUUUCUUAUACUCGCCUUCAAUCGAAUUAACCGAGUAUUUUGAUUUGAAUGAAUGGGACCCAAAAACGGUCCGUGAUGUCUUCUCAGAGUUUGCCUUGACUUGGAUGACUCCUACUAUUAUGAAGGCUUAUGAACAAAACGAUCUUACUUUUGAAGAACUUCCUCAGCUUGAUAUUAAUUUACGCGCAGACGUUGUUGUUCCUAGAAUAAAUAAGAUUUGGGAAAAGCAAGUUGCAAAAUCUAAAUUAAAAGCAAAGAAAACUGGUAAAGAACCUCAUGCUUCCUUAUAUUGGACUCUUUUAAAAGCAAAUUCGUUGCAAGUUCUUAUUGGUAUCUUUUGGUCUUUAUUAAAGAUUGUUACGAGUUAUGGUCAACCUCUUUUAUUGAAAAGACUCAUUCUUUUCUUCUCGGAAUAUAACACUUCUGAUGUUGAAAAACCUCCUCUUGUUCUUGGUUACUUUAUUACUGUUUGUUUGUUCCUCUUUUCAGUUGUAAGAUUCAUUUCCUUUAACAGAUACUAUCUCACAAUGUUUGCUGUUGGAUUCAAGUGUCAAUCGUUUCUUUCUUCUUCAGUCUAUGCAAAAUCAUUGAAAUUAUCUCCGGAAGCUAGAAAAGGUAAAUCUACUGGUGAUAUUGUUAAUCAUUUAUCAGUUGAUGUACCAGAGAUAUCUUAUGGUCCUGAAAUUACUACAGAAUUAUUAGUUAAACCAAUUGAAUUGAUCCUAUGUUUAACUGCUUUAUACAGUGUGGUUGGAAAUGCUCUUUGGGGUGGGUUUUUCGUUUCGAUUAUUAUGAUUCCGAUUAGUAGUUUCGUAAGUAACUACGUUACUGAAUUUUAUAAUAUCCAAAUGCAAAUUAAAGAUGAAAGAACUAGCUUAACAAGUGAAAUUUUGACUUCAAUGAAAAGUGUUAAAUUAUACUCUUGGGAAAAACCAAUGUUGGCCAGGCUUUCUGAAAUUAGAAAUGGUCGUGAAUUAGUUAAUGCAAAAAAAAUCGGUAUACUUAAUGCUGUUGCCCUGUUUUUAUGGUCUAGUAUCCCAUUUUUCAUUUCUUGUGCUUCUUUCAUUAUAUUUGCUUAUUAUUCCGGGGUCACCAUGACUCCAGCUGUUGUGUUUCCUGCCUUGGGUUUGUUUAAUUCCUUAAAUGAACCUCUAUUGAUCCUUCCAGAUCUUUAUUCUAAUUUCGUUGAAGCUAAUGUAUCGCUUAAAAGAUUAAGGAAAUUUUUGCUGUGUGAUGAAUUAGAUACUGAUUAUAUCAAGAAAUCUUAUGAUCCUUUGAAGUUAAAUGAUACUUCUGUUAAAUUGGAAAAAUGUUCUUUUGUUUGGAACAGAGAAGAAAAAUCUAAAAAAGCUUUAGAAAAUAUUGAUUUCGUUGCUAAAAAGGGUCAAUUAACUUGUAUUGUCGGAAGAGUUGGUGCUGGUAAAUCUGCCCUUGUUAAAGCUAUAUUGGGUGAAGUUCCAUUCGAUUCAACUUCUAGUGGUCUGAAUUUUAAGUUUGAGGUUAAUGGUACCAAGGCUUACUGCUCUCAAAACCCUUGGAUCUUGAAUGCUUCGAUCAAAGAAAAUAUUUUGUUUGGUAACCGUUACGAUAAAGCCUUUUAUCAAAAAACUGUGGAAGCAUGUCAGUUACUCCCAGAUUUUGAUAUUUUUGCUGAUGGUGAUCGUACCGUGGUUGGUGAAAAUGGUAUUUCAUUAAGUGGUGGCCAAAAAGCCAGAAUUUCAAUUGCAAGAGCCGUUUACUCAAGAUCUGACGUUUACCUUUUGGAUGAUAUUUUAUCUGCUGUUGAUUCUCAUGUUGGUAAAGCUUUAAUAGAACAAGUUUUAGGCUCAAAUGGUUUGUUGGCAACAAAGACUAUUAUUUUAGCAACUAAUUCUGUUUCUGUUUUGCAUUCUGCUAGUAAUAUAUACUAUAUUGAAGAUGGAAAAAUUGUUGAAAGCGGAUGUUUUGAUGAUGUUAUUGCUAAACAAGGCCAUUUAACCAAAUUAAUCCAAGAGUUUGGUCAAAUCGAAAAAGCAAGCGAAGUUGAAGAAGCAAAGAAUGGAAACCACUCCGAAGAUACAAGUAUUGAAGAGUUUCACCCUGAUGAAGAAGGCCACGAGCUUGAAAGAAUGCAGACUCACACAACAAUCGGUGCUGCUAGUCUUGUUUCUUUUGGGCAUAAUUAUAGAGAUGACGAUGAAGAUGAAGACGGAGUGGUUAGAAAGAUGGGUCACAGUGAAGAAAAAAGUGCAAAGGGUGGAAUCAAACUUGCUGUUUAUUUGGAAUAUUUCAAAGCCUGCAACUACUCUUCAUUGAUCUUUUAUUUGGUAAUGUAUGGUUCUAAUGUUGGUCUUGGGGUUUUAAGUACCUACAUUUUGAAAAAUUGGUCUGAAAGAAACGCCAGUGCCGAUAAAACCUUGGAUCCUACUUUUUACUUAGUAAUCUAUUCUUUUGCGGGAAUCACCGGUUGUGCUUGUUCUUUAUUUGGUUCCGUUGUGGUCUGGUCUUAUUCAUCUAUCCGUAGUGCAAGGUAUUUCCACGAUAAGAUGGCUCAAACUGUUUUAAGAUCACCAAUGUCAUUUUUUGAAACAACUCCUAUAGGUAGAAUUUUGAACAGGUUUUCUGAAGAUAUAAACGUUAUAGAUGGAUCUAUUGUUUGGACUAUCUUAGGUUUCACGGAUUUUCUCUUACAUGCUCUUUCAUUAUUUGUGAUAAUUGUUUAUAAUCUUCCAUUUAUGGCCCUAGUGCUUAUUGUUUUAAGUUUCUGGUAUAACAGUUAUAGAACUUGUUUUAUUCCAGCUUCAAGAAUAUUGAAAAGAAUUAGAAGUGUUAAGAAGAGUCCAGUUUUUUCUCAUCUUCAAGAGUCUGUCAAUGGGGUGGAGACAUUAAGAGCUUAUCAACAAGAAGACAGAUUCAUUUUCAUGAAUAAGAAGAAUGUUGAUUCCGUAACCAGUGCAGAUAAUACCAUGAUAUCAGCCAAUAGAUGGUUAUCAAUGAGAUUACAAUACAUUUCUUCAAUGAUUAUCUGUUUAUCAUCUGUGAUGAUUAUGAGUAGUCUCAGUUAUGGUACACCUUUAAGUCCAGGUUUAGUUGGUUUCAUCAUGAGUUAUGUCUUGGAAAUUACAGGUUCUUUGAAUGCUAUUGUCAGAUUCUGGGCUGAUAUUGAAUCAAAAUCAGUUGCUUUGGAAAGAGUGGUUGAGUAUUGUAACUUGAAAUCAGAAGCUGAAAUGAUAAUUGAAAAUAAUAGACCUGUUGCUUCUUGGCCUUCCGAUGGUAGUAUUGAAUUCAAGAAUUAUUCCACAAGAUAUAGAGAAAACUUGAGUCCCGUUCUUAAAAAUAUUAGUUUGAACAUCAAACCAUCAGAAAAAAUUGGAAUUGUUGGAAGAACUGGUGCUGGUAAAUCAUCUUUAACCUUGGCCUUAUUCCGUAUUAUCGAGCCCAUUGAAGGUAAUAUCGAUAUUGACUCAAUUAACACAUCUAAUAUUGGUUUAUAUGAUUUAAGAUACCAUCUUAAUAUCAUUCCCCAAGAAGCACAUGCUUUUGAAGGUACAAUCAGACAGAAUCUAGAUCCUUUUGAUGAUCAUACUGAUGAAGAAUUAUGGAAAGUGUUAGAGUUGGCUCAUUUGAAAAAUUAUGUCGAGAAUAUGAGCUCAGGUGAAGAUGACAAGGAAGCUGUUGGAUUAAAAGCUAAGGUAUUGGAAAGUGGUUCCAAUUUAUCAUCUGGUCAAAGACAACUUUUGUGUUUGGCUAGAGCUCUUUUGAAAAAAACAAGAGUUUUGAUUUUAGAUGAAGCUACUGCAGCCGUUGAUGUUCAAACUGAUAAAAUCAUCCAACAAACUAUAAAAGAUGAGUUUUCAGAUAGAACCAUUAUUUCCAUUGCUCAUAGAAUUGAUACAGUCAUGCACAGUGAUAGGAUUCUUGUUCUUGAUAAAGGUGAAAUAAAAGAGUUUGACAGUCCGAAAAAACUUUUGGAGAAUAAAGAUUCCAUUUUCUAUUCUCUCUGUAGAGAAGGUGGUUAUCUUGAUAGUUAA